CCCUGUCAUUUACCUUUGGUCAGAUUCUUGAAUCUUUCGUAUCACACACCAUUCCAUUCCAAAUUCCUCCCAAAGACUGGGAAACUGUAAUAUUCUCCGUACCGCAUUUCUGUGUCCGCCUCCAAAUCAAAGAUUUCGCAUUUGGUGGUGUCCCUUUGGUACACGUGUGGACCGACAACUCUGCCCACGUCAGUCUCGAAGGCCGUCGGUCAUCGGUGGCCGAUAAAUUAUCAAAAUCCAUUCAAAACCCAAUUGCUCCUCCAAUACUCACAAUUCCAUUUUCGUUCUACUCUGUUUGGUUGAGUAGGAGCUGAUCUCUGUGGAAUACAAAAUUCUGAUUUGACUAAUUUGACUCCGUUCCUCUUCAUUUGCUUUUGCUGCAGCAUAUACUUCGAACCUGUUCUUUUUUCUUUUUGAUUUGCCCAUGGCUAUGUUGCUGAGAAAAGUGUGGGAAUCGGUGUCCACCCGUUCGGGAUUGCACUUGGAAAUGUCGCCCAGUGAUCGGCGUCGAUUUGAAGGGUCGUCGUCUUUGGGAGAAUUCGAUCAGAUUCCCAUGGAUAUACUGAUUCAAAUACUAAAAUUAGCUGGGCCCAACAGCACAGCGAAAAUGGGUAUGGUCUGCAAGUCUUGGAGAUCGCUUGUUUCUGACAAUAGUCUUUGGAUUUUUUUCCUCCAAAACCAACUGGAGCCUUGGGAUUCUGUUUUGUUUGGGGAAACUAAGUUGGCCUCGGGCUACCCUCUUGAAACAUUCUCCAGUCAGUUGACGCCAUUGUCAUUCAUGAAAAUAUAUAGAAAACGGGCUGAAGCACCCGGUACUGUUAUCAUUGAUGGUGGUUCUGGCUAUUGCAAAUUUGGUUGGAGCAAAUACAGUUGUCCAUCUGGGCGUUCUGCAACAUUUUUGGAAUUCGGGAACAUCGAAUCUCCCAUGUAUCCUAGACUUCGGCAUUUUUUUGCUACUAUUUAUAGCAGGAUGCGGGUUAAGACAUCUUUCCAUCCAGUGGUAGUGUCAUUGCCAAUCUGCCACUAUGAUG